AUGAUCAAAUUUCCUGAUUUCUGCUCAAUCUACACAGCAGAAGCACAUGUGGUCUAUCACGCACUUGAAACAAUUCAACAACUCAAAAUAGAUAAAGCGCUCAUAUUAAGCGACUCUCUUAGUACUAUGAACAGCGUCCGCAACAUAAACCAACUCAAUGCCAUAUCAAGAAUGAUUCAAAAUCAAAUUUCUCUUCUAAAUCACAACAAUCAAAACGUGACACUGCUAUGGAUUCCUAGCCAUGCCGGAAUCCCUGGCAACAAAACGGCAGACACCUACGAUAAAAUAGCUAUAACCUCCACUGAAGCCUCCUUAGUGCAAAUUUGUUCUCUGGGUGAUAUCACAGUGGCAACAUCGUUGGACAGCAUUACAUACAAAAUUAAACGAAAUCAAACCUUUUAUCAACCCUUGGCCAACACUCACUACCAAGAGACGUCAUGA